AAAAAAUGGUAUCCAACUUUGCUCAGCAUGUUCUGGGAAAACAGCAUCAUGAUGAACAAGAAGUUGUAGAGAUAAUGAGCCAUGACAAACAAAGCAAAGAAAUACAAAAAAAAGUGAAAGGAUCUUCUGGCAAUGCAAUCCUUAGAAACAAAGGGGACAACAUGCAUAAUGUAAAGGUCUUGCAUAAGAAAAGCGGGGAGUUACUGUUGUCUAGGCGAUUGAAUGAAGAUGAAACUUCCUUUGCCAAAGAAGACUAUGGACCCUGUCCUUCUUGCUUUGAGUGGUUACGAAUUACGAUCAUUGCGCGCCACCAACAGAAUUGCCCUGCUUCUGCAGUCAUGCGCCUUCUGAGUAGGCUUCUUCUUCAUUUAAGAACACUAGCCCGACCAGCCACAGGAAUAUUUCUGGAAGAUUUCUUAGUCCCCGCCCAUUUUGCAGAUGUGGCAGAAGCAGCACUACUGACAUGCAGUCCUGAUGAGAGAGAUCCAGAAAAUUUGAAGACACCAUCUCAUGCCUUAAAAUUAGGCAGUGAUCUCAAAAGGCUUGCCUCAAUGACCUUAGUAAGUGCCAUCAAGUCUGGAGAUGAAGGAAGGAGAAGAAGGGCAAAGGACUUUCUGAAGUUAAUGGAAAUAGAAUGGUCAACAAAGCUGGAGAGAGUGCUGCUUCAGGAGAGGAAGCACAGGAAGAAGGUGCCUCUGCCUCUGCCCGCUGACAUUGAGAAGUUUGCUACACAUCUCAAAGAUGAAGCAAGACGUGCAGACCUUGAUGAUCACUCAUUCUCCAACUACAAGAAAGUGGUGCUAAUCGCUGAAGCCAGCCUUAUUGCAUACAAUAGAAGAAGGCCAGGAGAAGUACAGGCUUUAAGCUUGUCUGACUACAAGGCCAGACGUAGCGGUGAAGACGAAGUUUGCCCGGAAGUUGUUGGGAAGCUAACGCAAUUUGAACACUAUCUGCUGAAGACACAAGAUGUCAUAAUGAUUAGAGGCAAGCAUGGCAAAUUUGUUCCCCUUCUGGUUAGUGCGGACAUUAAGCCUCUUCUAGACUUUGUGACAUCAGCUAAUGUGAGACAAGAUGCAGGGAUAUCCUCAUCAAAUCCAUAUGUGUUUGCAAACAGUGGUGCAGGAGUCAUCAGAGGGGGUCAUGCGGUAGCAUCUGUGGCACAUGAAGCAGAGCUUGUAUCCCCAGAGAGAAUCCGGGCUACAAAUUGCCGACGUUUUAUGGCCACUAUGAUCCAGGGACUUGAUGUUAGCCCACAACAACAAAAAUGGAUCAUCGAUCAUCUGGGCCAUACUUUAGUUAGAUGUGCAUAAUGUAUACUACAGGGCAACAUCGGAUAUUUUGGAGAGGACUGAUAUUUCAAAGAUCCUAUUAAUGAUGGAUACAGGAAGGAUAGCAGAAUUCAAACGAAGGCAAAUUAAAGACAUCCAACUUGAUGGUGAGACAAUAGAAUUCAUUACAUAUUUAGCUCUACUUUAUCUCUCUUUUAUGAUCUCUUCUAAACUUUUAUCGUUCCUGUUUUGCAUUGGAUUAUGGAGUGCCAGAAAAAUGGUCUUCAAAGACCUGGGGUAGAACAAGAAACUAAAUUUAUUUUCAUGUAUUAUAAUAGGUCAACUUUAGGUAUGAAUGGUUAUCAUCAUGAAGCCUGGUAAAAAUACACUCUCUUACAGGGUUAGUUCACACCUAAUAUGUUGCAAUUUCAAUAAAAUGAGAAUAAUUUGAACUGCAUAUUAAAAAAGGAAUAAUCAAAAUUGGUGAAGAAAGAAAUAAAUUACUCAUUUACAUAUUUUUGCAAAUUACUCUUCGCUUUAAAAAUCGGCAACACUGAUGACAUAUACAAUCGGCUCUCCAAUCAUAUUUUAUGUGAAAUACUACUUUUUACCUUUUUUCUAAAACGUUUCAUAUUUUCUAAACCUUUAGACAACAUGUCGAUGAAAAUGGUUUUCUACACAACAUACAGUUUUCAAGGGUCUAUUUUUUGAGAAAUAUAGAAGAUGUGAAAUUUCAUGUACAGUAUGUAAGUUUCUGUGAAGACUUUCAUACAAGUAGAGGUGAUUGGAAAGGCUGGGAUAUAGGUCAUUGUACUCAGCUAUUUUGAAUUGGUUUUUCCUGAAGGCAAAAUGUCACUUUUGAAAAAUCACAUGGGUAAUUUUUCAUGAUGUAUCAGCAGUACAUUUUAGCAUUUUUUGUGCAAUUUUCAAAGUAUGCUCAUUCAAGCAUGACACAAUGACAACCUUUCAUGUUCACACAACAUGUGAUCAGUGUUGCAGUGCCUUGAUGCUCGGCCUUGGCCUUAAGGCGCCUUAAGGCCUAUUUUUUCAAAGCCUUGGCCUUG